AUGUUGCAGGCAUUCUUGUCUCUCCAACUUCUGCACACGCGAAUAACUAAACACAUUUUGCCCUACUAUAGGUCUCCGGAGGAACCACAGUCGCCGACGCCAGUGCCGACUGGCGCUGCUGCGGGAGCUGCGCAGGGCAAAGAAGCCAAACAGAAGAAGAAGGCCCUGAAGGGCGUCGUGCCUGCAAUGCAGAGCCUGAGCCUCGAAUCCUCCGGUCCGAAGCUCGAUAUCUUGCCCAAACGUCCAGACUCCGGCGGAACUUUGGGUAGGCCUGUGAUAAUCGAAGCUAAUUGUUGGGACAUGACGAUCAAG